AUGCAGGCAUCUCCUCCCCGGACAUCUCAAACCACAAACCCAGAUCUGGCAUUCGUGAACAUCACACAUCCUCAAGAUAUCAGAGAUCGACAAACGCAGAGGAAAAUUCGUCGCCAUGUUAUGAAGGAUAUCGGCUUUGCCAGAAGGCGAAGAUCCCGAACCAACCAAAUCAUUUUCAACCUGACUUCAGAGAAACCACAUUCAUCAAAGCCUGAAUCCAGCAAGGCGGUGGUCUCUCAGCAGCCUCCAAAGCCUAUUCGACAUAUCACGGACCUGCAUUCUCACCAGAGUUCAAAAUUAGCGCUCUCUCAACUAUCGUCGAGUGGAUUCCCCUCGCCAUACGCCAAUCGCAACCUCUUUUCUCGUAUUGCGUCGUCUCGGGCUCAGAGACUUCUCAGCUUCCUGCACAAGGAGGACGCUCCGGUAUGCCAAACGUUCCGAAGCCUGUGUUUCACAAUAGCGUUGGCCGACGAAAGUGCCAUGUACCUGGCUCUCGCAGAGUCGGCACUGGAUCCGGAGUGGCAGAGUUCCCAACCCGAUAGCCGAGAAAACGUGCACGCAUUGCAGUACUACACUGCCUCGCUCAGACUCGUGGACAAGCGACUGAGGAAUACGAGCGCUGUCGGGAAUGCGAUCAUUGGCACGGUGAUCUCUCUGGCUGCGUACGAUCUGCGCAUCCACCACUUCUCGCGAUGGGCGGUUCAUAUGGCUGGUCUACAGGGAAUGAUCCAAAGCCGAGGCGGCGUCGAGGCUCUUGAUUGGGGCAAUACACGAGAGAUACUGUCCGACUUGGUUGGGUCCUUAGCACUAGACUUGUCUCCUCAGUUUCCAGUCUGUGACCGGCUCAUGCCACAAGCGCACGAUUAUCCGGCCUCUCCAGUACUCGCGCGAACCAUCUCGGUCCUGGAAAAUCGCACUCCGAUCCUUUCAGACAUCUGCUCGGUGCUGGUACGUCUUUCCUAUCUGAAAUACCUGGUCGCCGGAAACGGGCCGCGUCAACAGACUGACAAAACCCUGACCCAAACUCUCGGCCUCAUCACCCAUAACCUGCUCAGCCUGCCACGUCGCUUGAUCCUCUCAGACCCCGGCCACCCCUCGACAGCUCACCUUGUGCUGCGCGAAGCGAUCCGGCUGGCGUCCCUUCUUUUCCUCACUGCACCAGUUGGCCGUGUUGCGGGGAACAGAGAUCUCCAUGCCAAGCAUAGAGGUCGAUUGCCGAAGUUGCUCAGGUCAUACCAUGACAUCACAGAUUGGUCGGACCUAGAAGAGCUCGAAGUAUGGGUGCUGGUUGUGGGGGCAUGGGCUGAGGUUGGUGAGGAUAGAAAGUGGAUGGUCCGGAGGAUCAAGGGGGUUAUGCGGAUGAAAGGGCUCGACUGGCCAGGAGUGCUGGGUGUAUUGAGACGAAUUGCUUUGAUUGAAGGUGUUUGGAAUAAUGAGGUGGAUCGGAUUGGAGCGGAAGUGGCUCAAAUGCAAUCUGUCUCACUCAACGAGCGAUAG